AUGGCUGACGGAGACCAACAAGCGAACUAUGGCAUACGACCGUUCAUGUUUGAACCCGAACCUGCACCCAAUAAUGAGACAGAAGAGAAGGAAGAAGCAGCUGUAGCGAUGGAGCAACCACGUUUACAGCAAGAUGUGUCGGAGUGGUGCUCAUGUCGUAAUUGUGCCACAAUGCCUACAGAGGUGGAAAACAUCUGCUGCAUGGAGACCCCGUCGGUCACAAGAAGAAUGUACCAGCUUCAAACCCCCCCCACUUGUAUGAUAGACCAUCCAGGAUUUGAGCCAGUCUGUUUGAACCCCUUUGCUCUCCAGAAUGCCAUGAAUAUUUAUCGGCAGGAUAAUGGAGAAUUAAUGGAAAGAGGUUAUGAAAAUCAAUGCAGACACCUGGCCUACAGAAGUCUUGUCAGUUGGUGCUGGGGAUACUUGGGCAGAAGAAUCCGGGUGGUAAUACCAGCUUGUGUGGUCUUGUGCAUCAGAUGGGAAUUCCCGGACCCCGGCGGCUAA